GACGAACCUGCACGUGUAGACGAUGAUUAGUGGAUGAUACAAUCUGAUACGAUUUAUGUGGUAUACAUCAAAACAUACGACGAUGAAGUGACAAUUUUGCGAACGUCGUAUUUCUUAGGCGAAUACAUAGGAAUUUUCCGCGAUUGAAUUUGAUCCACGUUAACGAAAGAGGGAUAACGGUGUCGUCGAAAUCGUUGACAUUUCUUACUGCAAUCCUGUCACAAGGUAUGACAUGCCAGAUUUGUUCUUAAAAACUUCUGGAAAUUCGACAACGGUUGAUGUUACCAAGCAUAAAAUAUCAGAAUAUGUCUCCAGCAAAUUAUUGGAAAUGACAAAUGUGUAAAUAGUUUAUACACAAAUUUGAAUUCUUAUUUUUGUGGGAGCUACUUAUGUGAUAUUCAAAAAUGUCACAAGGAGGCGGUGCUGCUGUUGCAGUACCUAAUAAUCAAAACGGCGCAGUGGCGCACAAUCUUCACAGUCUUGCUGGCGUGAUAGGACCAGUUUUAAAUAAUAAUAAUAUGAAUAUAGCUAGAAAUAACAAUAAUCAAAACCCGUUGAUUAAUGUGCGGGAUAGAUUAUUUCAUGCAUUAUUUAUAAAAGCAGCGCUAGCUUAUGCACGAACAUUUCCAAGGCCUGUCAGGAGAUUUAUAGAAUUUAUAGUUCUUUUAAAGGCAAUAUUGGCAUUUUUUGUAUUGGCUUAUAUCCAUAUAGUAUUUUCUCGUGCACCAACUAAUUGUUUAGAACAUAUAAGAGAUGAAUGGCCACGGGAUGGUAUAUUGAGAGUGGAAAUUCUCAGAAAUGGUGGCGAAGAUUAUAGCAUAGAGAAAAGUUAUGCCAAAGAGGAAAAAUUGAGACAGGAAAAAGUUGAUGAUUUAACUAAUGCUUUAGGAAUAUUAACCAGAGAUGGGUUUAUAAAUAUUGAACCAUCGGCUGUUGAUGAAGAACGGGACACUACAAAUGCAUCUGUUGAAGAAAGUCAUGAGAACUUGACAUCACUUGAGCAAGAUAUAAGGAGUGCAACAGUUUCUGGAGAGACGCAAAACUCUGAUCUAAGCACUACAAAUACAACAAUGAGCCCAUCAUUAUCAACUAAGCUUUGGAAUGGUUUAAAUACAGCUAAAGAAACAUUAUUUGAUGGAAAGUCAUCUGUUCCAAAUACGGAAGGUAAUUCCACAGAAGUGCCCGAAACCAGUAAUCAUUCAAAUGAAGAUAAUGUGAUACCCUUAAAAGACCGUACAUUGGAUGUUGAUAAAAUGGCUAGGGCUGAAGAUGGCUAUAUUGUGGAAUAUUCAUUGGAAUAUGGUUUCUUGCGAUUAUCACCGGCGGCUCGACAAAGAUUAAAUAUUCCAGUCAAAAUUGUCACUUUGGAUCCGUCGAAUGACAAAUGUUUUGGUGAUGCAUUUUCAAGAUUGAUAUUAGAUGAAUUUUUGGGUUAUGACGAUUUGUUGAUGGCAAGCAUCAAGACGUUGGCGGAACAUGAAGACAACAAGGGUUUUUUGCGGAAUGUGGUCACAGGAGAACAUUAUCGAUUUGUGAGCAUGUGGAUGGCGCGAACAUCAUACUUGGCCGCAUUUUUCGUCAUGCUUGUAUUUACGGUGUCUAUCUCGAUGUUACUGCGCUACUCGCAUCAUCAAAUCUUUGUCUUUAUUGUUGAUCUCAUACAAAUGCUGGAAUUUAAUUUAACUGUGUCAUUGCCAGCAGCUUCCUUAUUGACAGUAAUUUUGGCAUUAGUGGGAAUGGAGGCGCUUAUGUCCGAAUUUUUCAAUGACACGACCACCGCGUUUUACAUAAUCUUGAUAGUGUGGCUUGCCGAUCAAUACGAUGCCAUCUGCUGCCAUACAGCUCUGACAAAGAGGCACUGGUUAAGAUUCUUCUACUUGUACCACUUUUCUUUCUACGCGUACCAUUAUCGAUUUAAUGGGCAGUACAGCAGCCUGGCGCUAGUCACAUCUUGGCUCUUUAUACAGCACUCGAUGCUGUACUUUUUCCAUCACUACGAGCUACCAGUAAUUCUGCAGCAAGCGCAACUGCAGCAACUUCUGUUUCGCAAUCACGCCCAACCUCAGCAGGCGCAGCCAGCGACACCCAGCACGGCUCCGACCACCCCGGGUCCGGGAUCGACGCCGUCGUCACCGGCGACACCUUCGUCUCCGCCGAGUCCAAACGACUCAUCGACGCCUACGACGGAGCAGACGCAGCACAACUAUAUCACCGAGCUGUCCCAACUCGAUCCGGAACCUAGCGGUCCGGAAGAACGACCCGCGAGCGCCGAUACCGAGCAAACGUUCACGCCGACGACAACAGCUGAUCGUCGUGACGAUUCUAUUCAAGUGUCGGAGGACGCGACGGUGUCUUCCGUAGCGAAGACGGACGCGGUUUCUCUAGCCACCGGAGCUACGAGUUCGUCCACCGAUAUUUCGUCCUCCGAAGGCUUCGAGGUCAUCGAGUCUGCCGAAGCUGUACGCAAGGAAGCGACGUCCACCGAGGAUGAAAAGGAACAUUAGACUUUGUGCCGUGUGACAGAUGCACGGCAGCCAAGAGCGAAAGGAACGUCAUUUCCAUAUGAUUGCGGAUUUUCUCCUGUCAUGGAAGUUAAUGUUGUAAAGUAAUGCAAAUAUGGUCUUUAUGUAAGAAACGAACGAAGCCUUGAUUUCGAUGAAGGUAAGUUUAGAAGACGUUUCUUUGAGAACGAAUAGGUAUCGCGCUUUUUCAAGUCAGAACCAAUGGACGAAGAGAGGCAAAGAUAGCGCGACGCGUAGUUAUAGAUUGAAUAAAUUUUCAAUGGGAGUAAAAUAUUAUCGGGGAUAUCGGAUUUAUUGCACUUGGUAAUUCGAUGUUAGAUUCGUUAAAUAUAUGAUAGCAAAAGUUAGUUAUUAUAAAUGUAAUUUCAGGAAUGAUAAGACACAAUGUUAUAAUCUAUCGCAUUUUCGAAUCUGUACAAAUCGCGCGAGUCAUUUAUUAUUUGUACUUUUAAUGCAAUGUAUAAUUCUUUUUAAUGCAGUAUCUCGUAAUACCGUCUUACGUUUAACGUUUGGCGAUCAGCAUUACAUAAUGCAAGAUUUUACAUUGAUUAUCUGUAGAUAAAGAUGCGUUAAAAGAAUGCAAUACAUAUUACGCUAAAUGUUACCUUUUGAUUGAAGCGUAUACUCGUGAAUAAUCUCAACAUUCUCUCUCUUUCUCUCUUGUUUAUUUUGUAAAUAUAAUAUUUCUUAUUGCAUAAAGUAGGUAUAAUCUCAAAUAUAUAUUUUUCUUCAAAAUAUUAUUACAUUUAUAUUUUAAAUUAUUCGAUUUUUUAACUAUUCUAUUUCAUUCAUUCGAUAAACUUAAAACUUUUACAUUUGAAUCGCGCAAAGAUGACAUAACUAAAGUAAAGAUCGUCUCUAAUCAUUACUUUUUAUUCGCAUUCUUGUCUUUGCACUCUUCGUCUCUUGAAGAUAUUAGGGAAGCGUUAGUCGGCGAGACUGGUAAGAUCGCAGUUUCCGAGCGCAACAAGUCAGAGUGCCUUCAACGGAACAUUCUUUCACCGGAAUCUUUUUUAGCUCCGUCUCCCGAGCGGAUACGGGCAUUCCUCUCGCGCGAGUAGAUCUUUGCAUCUAACAAAUGGCCAUUUAAUUAAUUAUAUCGAUAAUAUUAGAUCGCCGACAGGAUCAUUGGUAUGAUUGUACAUAAAGAGAAUUCAUUACACGAUCGAUUGCAGCGUUUCUAUUUUCUUUUUAAUUUCUUUACGACAUUCGAUGGUGUGUCCGUUCAAUCAGACGAUUGAGACAGGGGAUUAAUGUGAUAGAUACGCAAUCGAGUUUUGACUCUGUUGAAUACUUUCAAAUUUACAGAACGCUAUAUCGCCAAGCGACGCAAACAGAGCUGCGUAAGAAUUAUCUCGGUGCGUAAAUUCGUACGCGAUCAAUUAUGCGUUUAAUAGCGAGUCAUUCGAACAAUUCUAUGUAAGGCACAUGUAAGGAUAUAGCGAGUUCCUGAAACGCUUUCCUUCUUUUAUUUUUUUAAUCCAUAGUAUAUGUUUUGUGAGAUCUAAUGUCUAUCCGAAUGUGUUUCUCUCGUCCAUUUCACGGAUAACAUACCUCCAACUCGUUGUUUUAUAAUUAACCGAUCAGUUUUACGCGAGUUUAAUCAGCAUCAAGGUAUCAGCCGUAGGGAUGAUAAAAUGUCGCGAACUGUAACAUUAGUAGAAAGAGAGAAUAAAAGAGUAGAAGAAUGGAAAAUGUUUGAAUGAAGAAACCGCUUCUGAACGGAAUCGCCGAUAUCGCGUUCACCAUUUCGACGCAUUGUUACUUAUUAGAUUUAACGGUAAUCGUCGUAAUUGUAAGUUUACUGUAUAAUAUGUACCGUUUCGGAACGAGUCUGACGUGACGUCCAGCGAUAUCGUACUAUGUAUCGUCGGCAAGUGAAAAGAACGUCUUGUUUUAUUACGUGGUGUGCGUGUGAACUUUGAUGGAUGGGCGCAUGGAACGAUUGAGCUUUAUAACAAAUGUGACAGCACGCUCGUAUUGUGACAAUUGGUGCGAUAAUAAACAUUUCUCGCGCCCCGCCGGAUAUAACUUGCCAUACACUUGGCAUACUGUACCAGCAUACUGUAAUAUAUAUAUAUAUAUAUAUAUAUACUUAAGCUAAGAAAUGUGGGGCGAGAUGUCGAGGCAUAUUAAUAACAGUGAUGGAAGAAAAAAAGAAAAGUACAUUGCGCGGGCAGAAUUAUACACGCAUGUCCGGUAAGUUAACAUAGGAUAGAUACAAAAAAAAAAGAAAAGAGAGACGGUUAUUUAAGAAUUACUAUGUUGAGUGUGUGUCAUUGCCGUUUUUUGUUGCCACCUCCCCCUUUCCCAACGGAAUUACAUUUGUAAACACGCGCGCGAUCGUAUUUCUGUAAAAUAUUUUUUCUCUCUCAUCUCACUAUUUAUAAUAAAUAAGUUUCUUUUAUAGUUGUAUAUAUUAUCGAAUAAUAUUGUUAUUGCUAUUCUUACUAUCGCUAUUUUAUCGCUGCUGUUACUAUUAGAUUAUAAAUAAAAGCAGAGGUCUCUCUUAUACAUA